GCGUCGCGGCACCGCUGCACGGCCUGGCUGGGCCCGCUGCGGCCCGCUGGGCGCCGGCUAGAGUCCUGUGUGUCGCCCACCUCCAUGGUCGCCUGCCUCGCCGGCGCUGAGUCCUUCCUUAUCGACCGAAGUUACACAUCCCCGACGCUAUCGAGUCCUUAUCUGCCCAACUCUCUCCGUUGCGUGCGUCCCCGUCCCAUCCAGUGCUGCACCGGCACCGGGACAGCGAGGACGCCGUCGACGCAGUCCUCGUCGCCAUGAAGCACCGCGACAGGGACGGCAAGGCGCCUCCGGGUGGCCGAACGGUCCGCUGGCUGUGGUUGUGGACGCCGCUGGCGGGGCUGGCGCUGCUGAUCGCGCUCUCGGUGUUCUUGGAGGGCCCCACGCCUCUGCGGCGCGAGGCGUGUUGGUCCUUCCUCUGGGACUACGACGAGGUCCUCGACGUGGCCAGCGACUUCGAGGGCUUUGACAACGUGUCCGGCGCGUUCUCGGCGUCGGCGCCGUCCCCGCUGCCGCCGUCCUCUCUGGAGCUGAUCGUGCCGAACAUCGUGCACUUCCUGCGCAUGGGGCAGCCCGAGUUCACCUUCCUGGAGUACGUGUGCGCGCUGGCGGCCUGGGAGCGGCAGCAGCCCGACUGGCUCAUGUUCCACUCGGACUUGCUCGACUUCCGGGGCGAGUACUGGAUGCGUCUGCAGGCGACGCCAGGGCUCCGCGAGGCGAUCCAGCUGGUGCCGACGUCACCCUUGAAGGACGUGCUGGGGCAGCCGCUGGACCCGGUGCACGGCAAGCAGCACGCCGCGGACGUGCAGCGCAUCGUGAUCCUGCAGAACUACGGCGGCAUCUUCCUGGACAACGACGUGUACCUGCUGGACAGCCUGGACCCGCUGCGCCGCUUCGAGAUGAGCGUCGGCUGGCCCGAGGGCGCCGACAUCGGCCGCCAGGUGAGCGAGGGUCUCACGAACCUCGAGGGGACAAGUUGCGGGCUGGUGGUUGAACCCGGGACGUGGACCUUUGCAGGUGCUGGUGGCGCACGAGGAGGCCCGUUUCCUCCGCGCGUGGCUCGAGUCGUACCGCGGCGCCUACGUGGGCUCGCUGAGGGACUACAACGCGGCGACGCGGCCCACGCAGGUCAUCCUGCACGCGCGCCCCGAGCUGGUGCACCGCGUGCCCGUGCGCCUGGGCGUCGGCAAGGACGUCCCCGACGUGCUGUACCUGCGCAGGGGCCUGCAGGCUUGGCGGCGGCAGGGCAUGCUGGCCGUGCCCCUGGCCGAGCGCCACACCGCACCGCUCGCACGCGACGCCCAGAAGCUCGGCCUCAGCUACCCGGUGAACUUCACCGAGGACAACAUCUGCAGCUACAACGUCACCGUUUUGCAGCUGGCUCAGGCCGUGCUUCCCAGCCUGUGCCGCGCCCAAUGAACUACCAUCAGCCUAUUUCGGCUCUACCAUUUUUCUGGUGUCAGGUGGACUGAAGAGGACGCGUGCAUAGGAUUUAUACUGCUAUGAACUGAACAGAGUCAACUUAGACCCGUUAAGUCUAGUCAGGGCGACUGUUGUGUGAAUAUUUUUGUACAAAUUAGAGUAAGUUUAAUUUUUUGUGAAACCAGAAGGCGUGGAUUGUUUUGCAUUAUUCUUAAGUUGGUUGUAGCUGUCUGCGAGAGUCAAUAACCGGAAAUGACACACGCAAAAGCAAAUAUAGUGCAGGUUAGGCCGCGCCC